UUUGAGAGAGGCAUACAAGGAUAGUGUUUCCUCACAAAAAAGCAACACAUAUUUCCCUUUGUGCAGCACACAUCAAAUUAAAUGACUGCAUUUUGUAAUAAAUUCAUUGUCAGCUUCCUGUGCUGUAUAUGAGUUGGCUACGGCUUAUCGUCACUGCACAUACAACAGGAACUCCAGCUGCACCUUCCUUAACUGUACAACCACUGAACAGGGGGACAGGAAUUAAUACAGAGGACGACAUAAUAUAUAAGGAUCAGACUGCUUACUUGUGAGAGACUCGAGACCAUUGGCUCUAAAGAUGUGUAAGUUAAUUUAUACACAAAUCCAGACAUCAGUUGUUGAAGAGCUCUGGUUUUGUUCUGUGCUGGUAAACUACCACCCUGAAUCCAAGGCACUUUGUUGAGAAGAGUUAAGAGUUUCCUAUUUUCAGCCUGUGCAUAGGGAGCAUAUGGUUUGAAAACCUACUCGGCAUCCCUGAGCAGAAGCAACACCCAUUGCCAUAGGAACCUGCAGAAAACAAUGGACGGGGACCAGCUUUGUAGAACUGAGACGAAGGAGAAGGUGUUGAAUUUUCCUGGCAUUGGGAAUUGUGCUCCAGGCACACUCCAAGAACAGCAUGGUUACAAAAAUGGUUUGCUGGGUUUGUGUCUACGCCCACAGGUCACUGAUGAUGCAUGCAAUGGGAAAGCAGUGCUGAAAUCUAUACCUAUAUCUACAUUGAAACACAAUGGCCUUCUACAGUCUCUUACAGCUGGUGGGGAUGAGCAGAAACAUGAAGAGGUGACUUUGGAGGUGUUGCAGGCAGAGGCAGAAUGGGAAGCUUUGGAAACAGCACAAAGAGAAUUGCCAUUGGAGGAACGGGAAGGUCCAAAUGACAUCACAGGAUGCACUCUACUCAUCUCCUUUAAUGAAGCACUUCAGCAUUUUCAAACAGCGGAUCUCUAUGAGUACAGGAAGAACAUACAGCCAACUGUACGUAGGACAGGGCUUUCUGCCAUCACCCAUUUUCUCUUUGGCCCUCCACGUUUGCACAAGGAGUUGCAGGAAGAGCGGGAUCUGGUAUUUGCGAUUGGCCAGUGCUCCCUGGACAACAAUCAGAAAGUUCACAUUCGGGUUUUGCAGACAAUUUACAAAAAACUGACAGGGGCAAAAUUUGACUGUGCACGAUAUGGCUCACACUGGGAACAAUUGGGAUUUCAAGGUACAGAUCCAGGGACUGACCUGCGUGGGACAGGAUUCCUUGGCCUGAUGCAUACAUUAUAUAUGGUGAUGGACCUGCAGACUCUUCCUUUGGCUCGUGAUAUCUACAAACUGUCACACCAUCCGACACAAAAUUUCCCUUUCUGUCUAAUGUCCAUUAAUAUCACCAGAAUCGCUAUCCAGGCUCUGAGGGAAGAAUGUCUAUCCAAAGAGUGUAAUCGAAGACAGCAAGUGAUUGGCGUCCUUAAUGAUUUCUACGUGGCAGCAUUCCUGCAUCUUUAUCAGAUUUGGAAAACACAGCACAAAACCAUCUCUGAUUCAGGAUUUGUUCUUAAAGAGGUUGAAACAUUUGCCAAAAAGAAUCCAAAGCAACUGCUGAAAAAGUUGGAAACGUACUUGAUGGAGCGUCAGAAUGGGAUGGUCCUGCCCACGGACAAGGUGUCCCUAACUAGCAACCAUGCUGGGAUGAGGCCAAAACCCACAUCUGCUGCCAACACCAAAGAGAUGAACUUUAUGGGCGUGUGUGAGCUGGAGCCAGAACCUGAGGGUGAGGUGCGGCUAAUCUGAAACUACGCGUAUGUGAUGGAAGUUGAGAAAGAUGAUCGACAUCACGUGGCAGGAAUGUGACAUCUGAAAGUUUCACUAUUAUGGCAUGCACUACUCAAGUACUGGACAUUAUUCUACGCUGGCAUUAACCAUACACAACAACAUCAGUGCAGUAGAACCUCAGCUUCCCCUAAUAACAGUGGCUUGCAAAUGUGUAAUUGUUGUAGGCUUGCUGUAUUAGCUCAUAUAUUCAGUGCUGCUCUAGCUUGAACACUCAAGUGCUGUUUCCAGAUAAUGCUAGCACAAAGAAGCUUUCUGCUACCUUUCAAAACUGUUCCUCCAUUGGAACAUUACCCUACUCAGGAGAGGAGAACAUAUUUGUUCCUUUUAACAGUGAUGCGGUCUGUGCUGGGCAUAGUUUGAACUCUACUUUUUAAGUGACACUAAUUAGCUUUAAUUCUGAAUUAGUGCUGUCAGUAACAAAACAGAGAAAGCUUAAAGAUGCAAUACCAUUGUAUCUGUAUUCUGGUUGGGCAAAAUGAUUUUGGUUCAUAUCAUUCAGUUGAAUGAGAGGAUUCUUAUUUCAAGGUGGCUCUCUCUUACCCUGAUUUUUUUUUUAAAAUCUUAACCACACAAGCUAGUUGAUUUAAGUAUCUGAUGUAAUGAAAAGACAUGUAAUACCUGACAGCCCUACAUGGUUCUACAGUUUCCUCACUCUGUAGUACUUGUUCAGACAAUAAGUCUUGGGCCAGGCACCAAAUAGAAGAUGGAUUCUGAAUGAGCUGAAAACUUGUUCAAACCCAUGAAAGUGUUAGAAUUUCAUGUAAAGUCCAAUUAAUAAUUGCAAGUGACAGGCUAGUUGCAUUUUAGAUAAUCCUGCAUAUGGUCCAAUCUUUGAGUAUUUUUUUCAACUUUAUAUUUUAUACCUUCACAUUUAUUUAAAAGCAAACUAUUCAGCUGUGCACAGUGUUGAUCCUUGUGUGGCUUUUAUCCAUUUGUUUUUUGGUAUAACAUUCCCCUCCUUCAACACUUGUGAGUACUAGAUCAGACAGAUAGAAAGUCCACCAUCCUGUGUAAUUGUUGAUCAGUUUAUGGUACCGGUAAUGUUGGAACUUCCAAGAAAUUUCUUGUUAGCUUCGUUUUUAUUGUGUAUGUAUUUUAAUAUGUUUUAAAUGUAUUCUUAAACUGGACUAUUAGGUAAUCAGAAACAUUUAAUUGUGGCUUGUUAAAAAUUGUUAAUUGAAGAACCUUCAAUGAUCUGUACCUCUGGAGUGGUUGAGGUUGAAUUCCAGCUGCAGCUCUUGUUUCACUACUAUAGCAUCUGACAAGUUGCAAUACUUUUGAUUAGCAGUAAAUGCAGCCGUUCAGUAUAGAUUAUGGAGGUAUGCAGUACUUUGUUGAAAUUUUUUGUGGGAUGUUUGAUGUUUUGAGGAGAAAAGAAUUUUUGUCUAAUUCUUCUGAAUUUAGAUUCAAAGUUUAUGGAUUAUUUGUCCUCGAACACUGCAAGGCUUUUAAACGUAUCAGCGUUUGUUGUUUCUACCAUGAAGUCAUUCACAGGAAAUUACAAGGCAGCAGAUUGCUGCAUAUAAUUUGCCAAAACACGAAGAUCUGUGUUGAUAAAACUUGAGUAAAGACAGACAAAUUCUGCACGUUAGCAAUUCUCAGUCUUAUGGUGCACAUUGAGGAUCCUCAGCAAAUCUUAGUAAACUAAUCUGGACUAAGCUAAAGGAGAAGUAGGCAUCACAAACUGGUGAAAUAGAAUGAGACUGUGGGAUCCCUCUGUGCUGGUUAUUACUUGGUCAAGAAAACAGGUCAAUUUGCUUUUCCCUUGACUGGAUGUACAAAGUGAACAGCCAUUUGUAGAUGCUAAUUCCCAAUAGGCCUACAGUUCAUUCCACCGCCUUAUAUUGAGGUCAGUAUUGGAAACUCGCCAUGUAGUGAUCAUGUGCUCUUGCCCAACAUUAUUCUUGCAGUUUAAUGUACCACCAGGCGCAUGAGUUGCAGUUAACUAAUAUGAAAAUAUAUAGCUAGUGGUCGGCUUGGAUAUCUUUUAACUGCUUAAAACCAGAAUACACUGUUUUCCUCAUUUUUCAUUCAGGAGAGAGACAUCAUAGAGUUGUGAGGAACUUAAAAUCAGUUGUCAUUGAACAUGUCUGAUCAAUGUAGAGGAGCAAACAAUACAGCCAUUGAAUUAAGCCAGAGGAACUGGUGGUUAAACUACCUUGGUUCCUUUAGCUCAAGUGUUGCUUUUGAUCUUAUCUCCAAGACGUUCUAGUGCUGGAGGUAGUGUGGGGUAGAACGAUCAAUCUGAGCCUGUUGUUGGAGUUGAACAGAGAAAGUGCUGGAAAUGUUGAUGUCAAGCAGUAUCUGUGGAGAGACUUAAGACUGGUUGAUGACCUUCCAUCAAAACUGCUGUUGGAAUUAUAAACUAUGUGGACAGGCUGGACAAACAAAGUCUUGUAGAGUAUAUAAAAAAAAUUAAUAGUAUGGAAAUGGUCAGUCCUAAAGUUUAAACUAAAUUGUGAACAUAGAAUAAGGAAACAACAUAAAGCUAGUUAAAGGCAGGUUUGGAACUAGUCACAAAGUGCUUGAUCACACAAAGAGACUGACAUAUAGAAGAGAUUUUUAGAAACGGCAGUAGAGUUGAGAAUUGUCCCGGCAUUUAAGAAUUAAAUGCUGCAGUAGACAUUUGAGGGUGAUUCAGGAUGAAUGACCAAGAUGGAUCAAGUGGCCUUCCUCACCAGCAGUUAUUUUGUAAUUGGGUACCACCUUCUGGUUAAUGGACAAGUUUCAUUCAAACGGCACAGUGAAGUGCAAGAUUUUGUGAAAUUUUCAAUCUUGUGACACAGAUAUUCUGUGUCUUACAUGUGAUGGCCUAAUGUGCAAAUCUUGAUUAAUGCAAGUAAUCUUCCAAACAAGAUAAUGAAAGUUUCAUGAGCUCUCUAACAUGUGGGAAAGGGUGUGUAGGCAGUGGUCUUAAUAACAUCAUUACAUGUCAGCCUAGCUACAAUUUGUCCUCUGAUACUAACAGUACUGUGCACAUGCAAGUACCUUUGUGGAAUAUUGUGUUGCAAUGAACAAGUUUUCACAUUUGCUUGUGGACUUUAGAGGUGUUGACUUAAUGUAUCCUGAACUGCCUAAUAUGUUGUGAUGUCACAAUAUUGUGGCUUGGAAAUGAAUCCAAAUAUUUUCCCAAUGGAUUGGGUAGAUUUUGACAUUUUCACAUGCUAUUUCAUGUCAUUAUUCUAAAAGGCCUGAGAUCAAAGCAAAACUGAAAGAUGUGAAAAUUUAAAAUAAAACCAGCAUAUGAUGGAAAUUCAGUAUAGGUCUGUCAGCACCUGUAGUUCCCUUGUCAAUAAAUAGGUCAGGAUUAGGAAUAUUUUAGAUUUAUAGAGAUACAGCACAGAAACAUCUCUUCAGCCCACUAAAUCCGUGCUGACCACCUACCACCCACUUGCACUAAUUCUACAUUUAAUCCCAUUUGUUUUAUUGUCCCCACAUUCUCAUCAACCCCCAGAUUCUAUCACUCACCUGCACACCAGGAGCAAUUCACAGCAGCCAAUUUGCCUACCAACAUGCAAGGCUUGGGAUGUGGGAGGAAACCAGAGCACCUGGAGGAAACCCAUGUGGUCACAGGGAGAACGUGCAAAUGCCACGUAGGCAGUUCCCAAGGUCAGGAAUGAACAGAGCAAUGUUUUAUAUAAAGUUUCUUUUCUUGCCUUAUCCUUACCGGAAUCGGUAACUUUUCAUUUCUCUACAUUCUGUUAAUGGCAGUUGAAUGAAACAUAUCCAGUCUGCAUUGAAAACACUCAGUUAACCUGCUUUGAACAUUUAGGAUUCUUUGUGAUAUGGUAGGCUCUAACUAACUGGGGUUAAGCUGUACAAUCAAAUAAAUGUUAUGAAGUGAUUCAGAACCAUUCUUUACAUGAAGUAAAGAAUUUUGGAAGUUACUUCAUUGUUUUGAUUUAGUAAAUGGCACUUGAAUGACACAUACCAACUAUACAUUGCAAACAUAUCCAUCCUCAUUGAAGGAUAUUCAUGCUUAUCUUGCAGCUUCUUUGCAUUCUCCACACAGCUUACUUUCCUACCCAACUUUGUACCAUCAACCUAUUUGGAUGCAUAAGUGUGGUUUUGGUUCAGGAUCUCAUUCAAACUGUAAAUAGCUGUGGCUCAAGAACUGAUCUUUGUGAUAUCCCACCAGCUUUAGCAAGCCAAUCCAAAAAUGACUUAAUAUUGUUUCCCCACUCAAGCCACUAGCUCUGCACCCAUCUCUUUUUAAGCCCUUGGGUGUAGCCUAUUAAAUCAAGGGGCUUUGGCUAUUAAUUCCAUUAAUUUUUUGAAUAAGACUUUGGAGAGGAUGCAGGGGAGAGGUUUUGGAAUGGUAACAGGGAUGUGGAGAGCAGUGUAGCUUUAAUAAAAGGUGUUCAAAACUGUGCAGUUAGGUUUGUUCAUUGAUUAGUAGCAAUAUUUCAAGCAGUUCUUGAAAUUUGUGCAUUUUUAAACUUAUUUAAAUGGAAAAUUUCCCUCUAAGAUGGGAGUGUACACUCCAUGCCAGGCAAUCAAAAGCUUUACCUGUGUGAAUUUUAAAAUGAAUGGGAGACUCUAAGACAUUGUGCAUUGUAAGGUAUCCAUCUGGGCAAGAAAACAACUAUGAGAAUGUCAGUAAAGUGGGUGUAUGAUAUGUUUGGAGACAUUUAAAUUACAGUUACAGCUUUUUAUUUUUACAGGCUCUCUCUAGUAUGGAUAUUUUAAGUUCUAUAACAUAGGUUUGAAGGACGGGUGAGAACCAAACUCUCACUGCAGAGUACACAGCUCUUACUGGUGGCGUUGCUAGGGGAACCAUGAACUAACAACACACAAGAUGUUUAACAGAUAAAAUUGUAGUGUAUUAAAAAGGCAUGAAAUUUUGUGAAGGCCUUUGUUACCAAUAUGUUAUAUUAAUCAAAUUUGGUGACAACACUGGAAACAGCUGCACAGGAGAUGUUAGAACACCAAUGGCUCUGGUUUCCUGGAAGUGUGCUGCUUGGUUGUAGAUCCGAUCUGCCUACAUACUACACACUUCUGUGGACUGGCCCCAGUUUGUGGUGAGGUUGGGCCAAUUCAGAGUUUGGGAAUUGAGCCCUUACCCACUUUAGUGUUAGAAAUAGGUUUUGGAUUUGAACAAGUUUGCAGAUGGAUCCACUGCUCCUUUACUACAUUAAUUGUCCUGUAAUAAUUGUGCAGAUAUGAGAUGUAUACUGAGGACCUGUGAAGUUCUAUCUGAAAUCCUUUUACGUGAUCUUUUGGGCUGUUGAGGUCACUGCAGGUAGUGUGACUUUGUUUCAAAAGUUUGACAUUUUAUUGACAAGUCUCAUUUAUCCUGUAAUUUUCUGUUGCUCAAAUGCAGGUUAAUUGAUGUUUUAUCUUUAAACAGGAUUUCACUAAUGAGCACUGUGAUUGGCUGUAUUCAGGAUGUAAUAUUAGCACUGUGGUUGUACUUGGGAUGUCAUGGUAACAUAAGCACUAAACAUCUUUAUUUUUGCAUCCAUUGAAUUUUAUGUUUUUAAAAUAAAAACAAAUCUGCUAUAUGAACUG